AUGAUCCGGAAGUUUCAACGCCGCUUUGCUGACGUUGCCCAGUGACUGGUAGCAGUAAAGAUGUCUGCGGCCGGUGUGUUUGCUGUUGCUUUCCUUUUUCUUGUUGGAAUCCGGGCAGAGGAAAACUCGAGCACAGAAGAGUUUGACGUGAGGCCCGGCGGCUUGGAGCACAGCUAUAGUCGAAGUCUGGGUGAGUACACCUGCACCUUCACAUACGUGGCUCAAGGUGGCACUAAUGAGAAAUGGCAGAUGAGCGUGGGCGUAAGUGAAGACGACAAACUCUUUUCCUGCUCGGUUUGGAGGCCACAGGGGAAAUCCUAUCUGUUCUUCAUGCAAUUCAGAGCUGCAGUAACAGGAGGGAAAAUUGAAUUCAGUGAAGCAUACUCUCAGGCAUCAGCUGAUGGCCGUAGUGAUGUCCCAUUAAAGAAAUCAGAGUAUGAUGUUACUGAUACUGCAGUUUUUCACAGACCUGGUUCCUUCUCAUCUUCUCUUUCCAAGCUGGUGAUUGUGGCUCGAUCUGCACAUGAUGAGUUGUGAAUAAAGGAUGAUAUAAAGGUUUCGCGUACUAUCUACAUGCUUUAUUACCCUGUGCAUGGGUUUAACUGAGAACUGUGUGUUGAACUCCAGGAAACAGUUGCAGUAUCGCGUCUAAAGCAAUGAAGGAUACAGUGGAUAAUGAUAUUUUGGAUCCAAAAUACCUUGUAGUUUUAAAUAAAACUUUUAUAAAUAUUGUA